CUUCGAGCCAAUAGGGCGCAGUUCCUGUUCAAGCUGUUAAGGUUUGGAUUUUGACGGUACGUUUUUAUUCGGGCCUCCAGUGUUGGUGCGGAUCUUCUGUGUGAAAAGAAACGCCUCAGUCUGUUACGACGACAAAGCCGCCGGGGUCCAACUGCCGCUGGUAGAGAACAGACUGGAGACCGACUACACACACGGGGCUCUGUAGUUUUGUCUGAGAUUGUUUCCACACAGACAUGGGAGAGCCCAAGUCACCACACUUUGCUUCCAUACAUGAAGAGUUGCAUUACUGGAAGGAAUUGGCAGCAAAGCAUCAGCAAAGGGUGGAAGAGGUCCAAGAGGAAUUACAAGAGUUCCAACAGAUGAGUCGCGAUUAUGAGGCAGAGCUGGAAACUGAGCUCAAGCAGUGUGAGGCUAGGAACCGUGAGCUACUGUCCCAAAACAACCGUCUGCGCAUGGAGCUGGAGAGCUACAAGGAAAAAUUUGAGAGCCAGCAUUCAGAAGCUUUCAGACAGAUCUCCACCUUGGAAGGAGACCUGGCUGAGACUAAAGCUGUUAGGGACCAUCUGCAGAAAUACAUCAGGGAACUGGAGCAGGCAAAUGAUGACCUCGAGAGAGCCAAAAGGGCCACAAUUAUGUCACUGGAGGAUUUUGAGCAGAGGAUGAACCAUGUAAUUGAGAGGAAUGCCUUUCUGGAGAGCGAGCUGGAUGAGAAGGAGAAUUUGCUGGUGUCUGUGCAGCGGCUGAAGGAUGAAGCCAGAGACCUGCGUCAAGAAUUGGCAGUGCAGCAGAAGCAGGACCGCCGACCAUCGCUCAGCAUGUCCAAGGAUACGGAUAAGAGUGAAGCACUGUUGCGGGCUCCCUCCACCCCUUCUGGACCGCAUGGCUCUGCUAAUGCCUUCGCCACCCCUCCAGCCUCCUAUCGUAGAGGUGACGGCUUGGCCGGCACUCCUCUCACCACAUCUGCACGGAUAUCUGCACUCAAUAUUGUGGGAGAGCUGCUGAGGAAAGUUGGGAACCUGGAGUCAAAGCUUGCCUCCUGUCGAGAAUUUGUGUACGACCAGUCGCCAGGGCGUGUGGCUCUUGCUACCAGCCCAGGUGUAGCAUCCAUUCCCCGAGAGGUUCCAGAGAGUCAGUCCAGCCCUAGCAGCCUGCCUCUGUUUGAAAAGGGCUUGGUGAAGCGAUUGGACUUUGGACCGGCGCCCUCCAGUGUUGCUUCUCAGUCAGCACAGUCUCCUCAGGGUGUGGUAAAGAUUCUGCUUUGAGAGCACAAAUACCGAACGCUGCUUCCGAAGAGAUAUGCUGCAUUGCUCCCCCACCAGGCCUGUCAGUAUUCAGAAUUUUGCCUCGAUCACAAUGUAGCUUGACUGAUCCCUGUUCUCCGAGGUCAUGGGUUCUACACCCUAGGAUUACUAAGAACACUCGGAUAUAGUGGACUAUAUGAAUUAAAAUGGGAGAAGCUAAGAAUCCACCACCUGGCAAUAAUCCACUAUUCUCUCCUUCUCAUGGUAGCUCCCUAGGUUCCCCUCAUAGCUGUCCUUCUGUAAGUAGUGGAGUGGAGCCUUUUUGCUUUUGCCGUUGCUGCCUUUUACAAUGCUUUGUACAGUCCCAUUCCUUUCACAUUUAGGUUAGACUUUCCAUACUCUGAAUCUUAAUUGCUGUCAAAAUUCAGAUGCAACUUAUGUUCACUGUGCUUCCAUUUGGUUAACAAUCAACAAUAUCAAAAUGUGUAAAGGAGAUGCUCAAGCUCUUUUUUUUUUUUUUUUUUUUUUUUUAAACGGGGGGCAGUUGUCUUCUGCUGGGCAGGACAGGCACACCAAAGAUGUAGUAAACAUGGUGUAUUUGUGUUUGUAUGCUUCUGCCUACCAAGGGGAACGUCCUUGCUUUUAUUUUGUUGAGGUACAUACUGCAUACCAAAACACUUGUAACAAUGUAAUUUGGGGAAAUGACAAGAAGUGUCAUUGUUAAUGCCUGACUUUCUAAUUUCACCUCAGUAAUGUGAACCUAAAUUUGCUUGUCAAGGCUGCUGUUAGAAUGUUUCUUAUGCAUGUCACCUACUUUACUAUUGUAAACAGUCAUGGGGCCAACACUGGUAUUGGGUGGGGGGGAAGAAAUGUAUAAUUUUUUUUGAGGACAGUAAAGGUUUUGUUUUACUAACUUUGAAUCAAAUGAAAACAUUUUGUUCUGUAAAUAUUAAAACUGUUUGGUGAUCCUACUGUAAUGAACAUGUUUGGUAGAAGAUGAGUAUUCUGAAUCAUGCCUUUGUGGCUAAUCUUUAGAUACAGAGCAGGACUUGGCCAUUUUAAAAGAUGAAAUGUGGCAAUUCCAUAGCCAAAGCCACUUGACAAGACACAUUGUAGAGAAGAAAUCUCUAGUUGGACUGAAUGAGGUUACAAUGUUAACUUUUCUUGUAAAUGCAUAUCAUGGUCCUAUUCCAAUAGUGCAGCACAGCUGAUGGGUCAUUGUAUGUAUUGACCUUAGAAAAUUAUACUUCAAGAAUAAUGUGAAGAAUUGUGAUUAAAAUUAUAGCAGGGCACAGGCAGUAAUAUGGGUUGAUAAAUCAACUUUAAAUCGCACAACAUAAGAUAAAGGUCGUGUAAUCUGAAUGUCUACAGUGAAAUUUUUGAGGUUACUGUAAUACAUGGUCAUCAAUCUUGUUGCAGUUAACAUUUUACUUUAGAUGGGUCUUUAUUUAGAAAUUGUUUACAGGUGAUUAGUAGAUCUAAAUAUUGCAUAAAGAUGAACAAUGCAUAUGUCACAUUUAUCUAAUCUGAUUAAUCUUUGUUGCAAGUGUAAAACAUUUAAAAAAAAAAAAAAAAAAACUGUGACUCAUGCCUUCAUAAGAUACAUUAAAUGUAGUGUUUGGGGCUGUCUGUAAAGGACCCAACAUGGAAGCUUUAACACAUUACACCCCUGGUUCUUGCACAGGGAGGAGACAGAUGUGGGUAAGGUGCUACAAGACAGGUGGCACAUGAUGCAAAAUUUAUCCUUGUUUUGAUAGCAAUAAAUGUUCAGAAGUUAAUUAUAGCCUAUGGAGGUGUUGUCUGACCUGCUUUAUAUAUAAAAUGUUUGAAAAAUUCUUUGCCUGUUGAAUGUGGAAGCCUGCCCAGAUAUGGUUUGUGAGAGAAAUGGCCGAGUUAAGGUGAUAUUGAGUUAAUGAGACGGGGGUCAUUUUAAAAUGGCACAUUUCUUUGAGCCAAUAUUUUUCUGUACUAAGAAUGUUUGAAAUGGACUUGGAUGUCAGUGCUUCGAUAAGUGUGUGUAUGUUCCAUGUUAAAAAUGGGAAGGAUUUGUAAUGGCACGCAACUUUUGCUUUUACUUGUCGAGGGUACUAAGACUAGAUGUUGUACAGUUUAGUAUGUAGGCCUGGUUGUUACAGACUGCAGCUCAGGGGCAGAACUAAUCUUUGCACUUUUAGCAAUGUCUGCACAUAAACAUCCUAAUAGUACUCAGUUAUAAGUAGUUUAUUUUUAUAUGGUUUUGGCUGUUACAGAACAAGGAGCAAUCUGCUGCUAUGUCAUUUGUGCAGCUUGAAUUAAUAAAGUCAGAGUUUAUUUACUAAUUGCAAGGUAAAGUAUGAGGUGUGUGUGGCAUCCACACCAUACAAGCUUUCCUGUAUGUACCCAAGGUGGCUGUAUCUAAAAACAGCAGUUUGAUUUGCAAACAUUUUUUAUAUCCAAACAUCUGUAUUAAAAAUGUUCUUGAAUGUUGAGUUGCAGUGUUGUC